UUUUCCUUGCAACAUCAACCGUUCUUCAUUUCACUGCCAUCUCCCACAAGAAACCCCAUAAACUCCGGUGAUUAAUUCUUCACCAAAAACCCAGAACCAUAAUCACAAUCUUCGCAGUUUUCAGACGAAAAUUUCAGGUUGAUUCUUGUUCCUCUGUGGGAGUUGUAAAUCAAUUUUGUUGUUUGUUGUUUUCUGGAAAAACAUUACUGAAAUCUUUGAUAGAUUGGUGUGAUAAGAAAGAAGUGUGUGAGAGAGAUAAAAGUGUGGUAGAAGAGGUGAUGCUAAGUGCAUAGGAAUGGACUCUCACCAAAUUUUUGGAUUUGGGGUAAACAGUGCAGGUGUUUCAUACACAUCUUCUUAUUCCUCUGUUCCAUCUUUGCCUAAUACUUAUCUUGGACCCUUGAACUUCAACUUAAGAAACUCCCCGACGUCGCUUUUCUCAUCGUCCCAUUUAGAUUCGGACUCCUUUACGACGCCGAGUGAUAGUCAGGAUCAGAGAUACUCCCCUGAGAAUCUGUCUGGGCUUAGCCCUUCUUGUAAUUCGUCGUUUGAAACAAAUAGCUUUCAUCAUACAGCCUCGCCGUAUUUGGAUCAUUGCGAGGAGAGUCGAGGAAUUUAUUCGGGGACGAGCGCGUUUGAUUAUGAGGGAUGCUCGACUGAGAACAUAAGGUACGCUUUGAAACAAUUGGAGACUGCUCUGAUGGGGCCGGAUAAUGAGGAGGUUGCUAGCAAGCCGGAUGCUUCAUUUGGAGAGAGUAGUAGGCCCCAGAUGAUGGGGCAGAGGUCCUACUCUUGGAGCCAAGAUCGACGUGGGUCGAAUAUUGGCCAGUCUCAGACUUCGUCUGUCUCGAGAAGCCAGCAGCCUGAAGCGGUUCAUUUGGGGAAACGUCAGAAGUCGUUGGAUGAAUCGUUGUUGCAGGGAGGAUUUCCAUCAGAUAAUUUGAAGGAGUUGCUGAUUGCUUGUGCAAAAGCUUUAGCUGAAAACAGGAUGGAGGAUUUUGACAACUUGGUUGCCACAGCAAGAGGUGCUGUGUCCAUCAGCGGAGAACCGAUCCAGCGUCUUGGUGCUUACAUGGUCGAAGGGCUGGUGGCGAGGAAAGAGGCAUCAGGAGCGUGUAUAUACCGUGCCCUCAACUGUAGAGAGCCUGCAAGUAACGAUUUGCUAUCUUACAUGCAUAUGCUAUACGAAAUCUGCCCCUACUUGAAGUUCGGUUACAUGGCAGCGAACGGGGCAAUUGCUGAAGCCUGCAGAAAUGAAGACCGCAUCCACAUCAUAGAUUUCCAGAUUACUCAGGGGACGCAGUGGUUAACUCUUCUUCAGGCACUCGCAGCAAGGCCCAGUGGGGCUCCCCAUGUGAGGAUAACCGGUAUCGAUGACCCUGUUUCAAAAUACGCCCGCGGUGACGGGUUGGAAGUAGUGGAGAGGCGGUUGGCUGAAAUCUCCAGGAAGUACGACAUACCCGUCGAGUUUCAUGGAGUACCUGUUUUCGCUCCAGACAUCAGGUGCGAUAUGCUCGACAUCAGGCCUGGGGAGGCGCUGGCUGUGAACUUCCCAUUGCAACUUCAUCAUACCCCGGACGAAAGCGUCAACGUGAACAAUCCUCGAGACGGUCUGCUGAGAAUGGUGAAGUCAUUAUCCCCAAAGGUAGUAACUUUGGUAGAACAAGAAUCAAACACCAACACAACCCCUUUCUUCAACAGGUUUGUGGAAACUUUGAAUUACUAUUUGGCAAUCUUUGAGUCCAUUGAUGUCACUCUACCAAGGAACAACAAGAAGCGCAUCAAUGUGGAGCAGCAUUGUUUGGCAAAAGACAUCGUUAAUGUCAUCGCUUGCGAGGGGAUCGAACGGGAAGAGCGGCACGAGCUCUUCGGGAAGUGGAAAUCGAGGUUGACAAUGGCAGGGUUCCGCCAGUUCCCGUUGAGCUCUUAUGUCAACAAUGUCAUCAGGGGCCUGCUCGGGUAUUAUUCCGAGCACUACACUCUCGUUGAGAGAGAUGGAGCGAUGCUGUUGGGAUGGAAAAACAGGAACCUGAUAUCUGCCUCGGCUUGGUGUUAAGAGCGCGAGGAAUGCAACAAAACAAAGGCCAAGCUUUUGAUGAUCGGGAUAUCGGGGGCUCGUCAAUGAGCUCUGCUCCGACGUGGUAGGGCGGGUGAAGUUAAAUACUGUGUACCAGACGAUUGAUGUCUGUUCUGUGCUUAUGGAUAUGAAAAAGUGUAAUUUUAUUGAGGCCUUUAAGCUUUUGAACAUAAGAGUUCAUUGUUCCAUAGUGUUAAUUUAAUUUCACAUUCAUUUUAUUCUGGA